GUAUCUGACUGUAAUCGGUGCGUGGAAACUCUUAUCCCUCGCUUUGCUAUUUCUGCUUCCGCCCAAAACCCUAGCUCAACCCUUUCACUUCCGGCCACCAAAACCCUUAUUCGCUUCUUCCUUUUCACGCCGAGCUUUUCUAUUCCGUGGUUCUCGUGAAUUUGCCUAGGAUGUCGGACGACGAGAGAGAAGAGCGAGAGUUGGAUCUCACUAGUCCUGAGGUCGUCACCAAGUACAAGAGCGCCGCCGAAAUCGUCAACAAGGCUCUGCAGUUGGUUUUGUCUGAAUGUAAGCCGAAAGCGAAGGUAGUUGACCUUUGUGAAAAAGGGGAUGCAUUCAUAAGAGAGCAAACUGGGAAUAUGUACAAGAAUGUGAAGAAGAAAAUUGAGAGGGGUGUUGCCUUUCCAACCUGCAUAUCACUGAACAAUACUGUUUGUCACUUCUCUCCACUGUCUGGGGAUGAAGUUGUAUUGGAAGAAGGUGAUAUGUUGAAGAUUGAUAUGGGAUGUCACAUAGAUGGGUUUAUUGCAGUAGUUGCGCACACACAUGUGCUUCAAGAAGGGCCUGUUACUGGUAGAGCUGCUGAUGUAAUUGCUGCUGCUAAUACUGCUGCUGAAGUGGCUCUGAGGCUUGUGAGGCCAGGAAAAAAGAACUCAGAUGUGACAGAGGCCAUACAGAAGGUUGCUGCAGCAUAUGAUUGCAAGAUUGUAGAGGGUGUUUUGAGUCAUCAAAUGAAGCAGUUUGUGAUUGAUGGAAACAAAGUUGUGUUGAGUCUAUCUAAUCCUGAAACUAGAGUAGAUGAUGCAGAAUUUGAAGAAAAUGAGGUUUAUUCCAUUGACAUUGUAACAAGCACUGGUGAUGGCAAGCCAAAACUCUUGGAUGAGAAACAAACAACAAUCUAUAAGAGAGCUGUGGAUAAAAGCUACAAUUUGAAGAUGAAAGCAUCUAGAUUCAUCUUUAGUGAGAUCAGCCAGAAGUUCCCAAUCAUGCCAUUUACGGCAAGGGAUUUGGAAGAGAAGAGGGCGCGUCUCGGACUGGUUGAAUGUGUCAACCAUGAUCUUUUACAGCCAUAUCCUGUUCUGCAUGAAAAGCCUGGUGAUUUGGUUGCUCACAUAAAAUUCACUGUUCUAUUGAUGCCCAAUGGAUCUGAUAGGGUUACAUCGCAUCCACUCCAGGAGCUUCAGGCUACUAAGACAAUAGACAAUGAACCUGAGAUUAAGGCUUGGCUAGCCCUUCCAACAAAGACAAAGAAGAAAGGCGGGGGGAAGAAAAAGAAAGGCAAGAAAGGGGAGAAGGCUGAGGAGUCAAGCCAGACUGAGGCAAUGGAGGAAGAUGCAAAUGGUGCCAAGUCGUAGUGAACUUGUUCGUUUAAUGUUGGUUUGGUAAUCUCUUUGGAAGAGUGUGUUGAGGUUCCCUGAUCAGCGAUGCUUAAACGAUGAGCUGAUUGUGCUUCCUUUGCAUAUGUGGGAUGGAUGCUUGUCAUCGUUACAAAUACACUUUGGAACGUUUCAUUGUUCUGUGGUUUAACUGCAAUGCUUUUAAGGUUUUUCUUUGUUUCUUUUCUCCCUUUUUUUUGAUGCUUGCUAUCCAAAUCUGAAGUAGGAUAUAGAUAGCAUUGCCUGACAAUGAGGAAUUUUUGAUUGGUAAGUGCAAGAAGUGCCGUUUGAAAUUUAUUGAUGGUCGUGUUGAA